AUGGGCCCUCCCAGAACGAGAGCCCAGCAUUUUCUUGCCCAGAGGGGCAGGUUCCAAGAAGGCUCAAUGAACGACCGCGUGUCGGCCGUGCCGCCAGUGCACUUUCUUGGUCCGCAGGACAGAGAGGUGCUCGAGCGGCCUGUUUACGCGGAACAAUCUGCAUAUGCUGCCUUUGACCCGGCUUACUUUGGGAGACGCGAGGAGAGGCAGCCGGCUCAGCAGAUGCCGCAGGCGCAGGCGCAGGCGCAGCCCCAACCGCGGCCGACGGCGCGCAAGCCUACCACGAAGAUGAACAUUUUUGGCCAGGUGUGGGAGGGGGUCCGCGGCAGGCUCCGACUACGUAGGGACGCAGACGACAAGGAAAAGGUCAGAGAGAAGAAGGACCCCGCGAGCAGCGACGCACAAGACGACAGGCCCUCUCGGGACGAGGUCUUUGCCAGCUACCAGCAGCUCGUUGCCUCGGGGUUCUUCUCCUCGCACGCCAUACAGUCCACCCGCCACGGUCCGCCGCCCAACUACCGGCCGUCUACAUCCCACGGGGUGCCUUCCAGGAAUGCCGGCUUUGCGCCGCAGUGGCCGCUUGCCCCCAGACCGCUCACGCCGCAAUCCCUGCCCGGUGCGCACGAACCCACGCCGCAAACUGUCUGUUCCCCCGUCAGCGUGGCCUCGUCCCGGGGAACGAAACGCGCGGCCGAGUCGCCUGAGCCCAGCGUCGACGGGGACGGGGACGGGGAGCAAGGGGGCAGGGAAGAGGAGCGCGACGACGGCGAGGAUGAAUCUACGCUGGCGCAUCGCUUUCUCCCGAAGCGGCUGCGUAUAUCUGCUUCGCGGGACAUUUCGCUCCCCAAGUUGAGGAGCGUUGCGUCGAGGAAGAGCAUGCGCGCGGCGGUGGCUUUGGCCCGGAGGAACGUCUCUGUGGGUGCGCAGGAGGAGGACGGCAAGGAGCGUGAGCUGCAUAAGCUUAGCAAGAAGAUGUCGUGGGCUCAGCAGCAGCAGCAGCAGCAGCAGCAUGGCGAAGUGCCUGCUGCGCGAGCGUCAAUGGAUAUGCUUCCCAGGGGGCGCAACUCGAGUGAGAUUCACGGGAGCGUGACUCGCAGGAUCCGACGGCCUACUAGUGCUAGGAAUUUGAGGUCUGCGGGGAUGAGGGACGGCAAUGGGGGGCUGAAGGUCGUGCCGGAUGCGAAUAGGGGCAUUCCGAGAGUGCCUGAUAUUCCGGCCAAGUUUACGUAUGGGGAGGAUAGGGAGAAUGGAGCGCCGUGGAGGGGGUUGAGGAGAUAG